AUGCCUAUCAUCCAAUGUGUUGGACUGCUGAACUUUUACAUGAUAGGAAGGGACAAGAGCAGGACGUAUUGGAGAGUAUUAAAGAUUGACAGACUAGAUCCCUCUGAGCUGAAUGUGCUUGAAGAUUCCACCACAUAUACAGAAAGAGAAUGUUCUGAUCUGUUGAGGCGUAUACACGAGGGGAACAGGUCCACAGGUGGACUGAAAUUUGUUACAACUUGUUAUGGAAUUGUUGGAUUCAUAAAAUUUUUAGGGCCAUACUACAUGCUGCUGAUCACAAAAAGAAGGCAAAUUGGUUCAAUAUGUGGUCAUAUAGUAUAUGCUGUGUCAAAGAGUGAGAUGAUUCCACUGCAAAAUUCUUCUGUUCAUUUUAACAUCGAUGAGAACAGAUACAUGAAGCUCCUAUGCACAGUUGACCUUACAAAGGAUUUCUUUUUUAGCUACUCAUACCAUAUUAUGCGUAGUCUUCAAAGGAAUUUGUGUGAUAGUGAGACAGGCCAUGUCCUUUAUGAGACCAUGUUUGUCUGGAAUGAGUUUUUGACUCGAGGAAUCAGGAAUCACCUUCAGAAUACUAUUUGGACAGUUGCACUAGUGUACGGCUUUUUUAAACAGGAAACACUUACAAUAUCUGGGCGGGAGUUCAUUCUUACACUCAUUGCAAGACGGUCUCGCCAUUAUGCUGGCACUAGAAUUGAGAUUGCAACUGAGGAGUGGGAUCUCGUGGCUGGUUCAGCAAUGAUGACCAAUAGGUUGAAGGAUGACAUGGAAUUGGGUUGGCCGAGGGAAAACUCUUGUAUUAUAAACAUUACAUUGGUCACUGCUGCUGCUGGGAGCAGAUUCAGGGUGGCAUGUGAUCCUUGGGUUCAGAACACCAUUACUUGUCAAACAGCAUACAGAUAUAUUACUUCUGGGUAUUUGAGACGAGGAUUAAAUGAGAAGGGUAGAGUAGCAAAUGAUGUGGAGACAGAACAAAUUGUAUUUGAGGAUGUUCGCCAAGGUCUCCCAGUCCACAUAUGCUCUGUUGUCCAGAAUAGAGGUUCAAUCCCCCUGUUCUGGUCACAGGAAACAUCACGUCUAAAUCUUAAGCCAGAUAUUAUAUUGUCAAAGAAAGAUCAGAAUUAUCAAGCCACUAGACUUCACUUUGAAAAUCUUGUCAAAAGAUAUGGGAAUCCCAUAAUAAUUUUGAAUUUGAUAAAGUCACAAGAGAGGAAGCCUCGUGAGUCCAUUCUUCGUUCUGAGUUUGUUAAUGCUAUUAAUUUCAUUAACAAAGAUUUAUCAGAGGAGAACAGGUUGAGGUUUCUUCAUUGGGAUCUUAAACAUUUUCAGAGCAAAGCUACAAAUGUUUUGCUACUUCUGGGAAAAGUGGCUGCGUAUGCUUUGACAUUAACGGAUUUUUUAUAUUGCCAAGUGUCACCAACUCCUAGACCUGAAGAAUGUAUAGAAUGGCCAUCUAUUAAUCUUGCAUACGAUAAUAUUGAUAAGGGAAACUUUCAACCAACAAGACAAGUUGAUGCUGACAAUGAAGACGGUAAUAAUUUAGAGAAGAAACCUAGUGGAGAAAACAACCAUGCUAAUGGAAACCAUUUUGUCAAGCCACCCAUGUUCCAAAGGGGGGUUCUUCGAACCAAUUGUAUAGACUGCUUAGAUCGCACAAAUGUUGCACAAUAUGCGUAUGGGUUGGUUGCUCUUGGCCACCAGCUUCAUGCUCUGGGAAUUAUUGACCACCUGAAAAUCGACCUUGAUGAUCCUAUAAGUGAUGAUUUGAUGGGAUUUUAUGAGCGAAUGGGUGACACCCUAGCACACCAGUAUGGUGGUUCUGCUGCACACAACAAGAUAUUCUCUGAGAGGAGGGGACAAUGGAAAGCUGCGACACAAUCCCAGGAGUUCUUUAGGACUCUUCAGCGAUAUUACAGCAAUGCUUACAUGGAUGCUGAGAAGCAAAAUGCAAUUAACAUGUAUGCGCCACUAUUCCUGGGGCAUUUUCAGCCACAACUGGGUAAGCCUGCUCUAUGGGAUUUGGGAUCAGAUCAACAUGAUGAUAUAGGGAGACAUGGGGAUGAUGAUGCAAGGUCAUUUGUCAAAAGGUGUUUCUCAGAUGGAAGCAUCAUUCAUGGCAAGUCGACACCUAUGUCAACCCCAGAUCCAAAUCUUGAAAAGUUCUCAAAGCUAAGUUUGCAGAACCAAUCAGAACAAGGAAGCAAAGCUUUAUAUGAUUCAUUGCCUGAAAUAUCAACAUCUGAGAGUGACAUGGCAUUUUCAAGGACCAGAAUUCGGUGCAUAAUGUACACUCCCUCAAAGUCUCGGAAACAGCUCUUUGGAGACGUAUCAAACGAGCCCUACCUUGAUAGUGAACAUAUUACCUAUUCUGCACAUGAGGUUUCAUUCAGCAGUUCCAACUUUGUUGACCUGGAUUGGUUGUCUUCUUCAGGAAAUUCAUGUGAAGAAGAGCCUUUUGAUAGGAUUUCAAUGGUCAAUUCUUCUAUUGUGGGGAAUUAUUCGGAAAAUGUAAUGAAUGGAGUUAUUAUGGGAGGAGAUACUCCCUCCACUAGCGAUUUAGACUCGAACUCUAAGGGAAGAGAGCGAACUGGGUCAGAGUUAUCUUACAGUGAUGCCCAGUCCAAAGUUCUAAAAAAAUAUCCUGAUACUUUUGUACAAUGGGUGACUGAUGGACAGACCCUUUGCAAUUGA